AUGGAUAACUAUUUUAAACCUCCAGAGCCGCUCUUGCUAGACGGGAAUAUCUCAGAGAGCUGGAAGAGAUUUUCUCAAAAGUUUGACUUGUUUUCAAAGGCCACCGGACUAGAUACCAAGGAAGAAGGAAAACAAAUUGCUUGCUUUUUGUCCUUAAUUGGUGACGAUGGUCUAGACUUAUUUAAUAGUUUUUCGUGUGAGGCAGGUAAAGAUAAGAUUUUGGCAGAAAUAAAAAAGAAGUUUGAAGAUCAUUGUGCUCCGCAGAAAAAUGUAAUUUUUGAAAGGGCAAAAUUUAAUACGAUUGUACAAAAAGAAGGUCAAACUUUCGAUAGCUUCUUGACCGAGCUGACGAAGGCAAUAGAUGUUUGUAGAGCCACAGAAACUAGUAAAGACCAAGUGAAGACAUUAGAUAAUGAAUCAAGACUAAAUGCUGUAAGAGCUAGUACAUCCAGAACCGAGUCCAGAACUUUUAAUAAACCAGUCUGUGAUAAAGACCCAAAUAAGCCUUGCAAGAGUUGUGGUUAUAAACAUAAGUUUGGAAAUAAGUGCCCUGCUGCCGGAAAAACCUGUGCAAAAUGCCAAGGUCGUGACCAUUUUGCCAAGGUGUGUCCAAAUAAAAGUGAAAGAAAUGACAGUCAUAGAAAUAAAGUCUAUAAGAAGAAAGUUAAUUGUGUAGACAAAGAGUCAAGUUCCGAGUCAACUGAAGAAAGUGACCAUGAGUUUUACAUAAGUGCAAUCAACUCAAGUGGCAGAAGUAAAAAUAACACAGAAACUAUGUGGACAAAGGAAAUAUGGAUCAAGGGUAAGCCUAUAACAUUCAAGCUAGACACGGGAGCAGAGAUUGCCUAUACGCAAGACAAAUGUUACAUUGAUGUUUACGGUGACCCAAAUUUUAAACUACAAUGUUUUGGUGAAGUAGUGCUAGAGUGCAAAGUGAAAGAGUGUGUAGAAAAAGUUCCUUUUGUUGUAGUUAGUGCCCAAAGUAAAAUUCCUCUGUUAGGGUUGCAAGAAUGUUUAAAAUUAAAACUGAUUAAACGAGUAGACUCUUUAAAUAAACCAAGUGUUUUUAAAACGUUAGAUGAUGUAGUUAGUCAAUAUGCAAAUGUUUUUGAAGGGUUAGGAAAAUUUCCUACACAACAUCAUAUAACAUUAAAACAAAAUGCAAAACCAAAAAUAAAUGCUAUUAGGAGAGUGCCUAAUAUUUUACUAGAACCUCUGAAAAAAAAGUUAUAUGAUCUUGUGUCCAAGGAUAUCAUUGAAAAAGUAGAUAAACCUACAGAGUGGGUACACCCUCUGGUUAUUGUUGAAAAACCAAACGGUGACCUUCGUCUCUGUUUAGAUCCAAAAGAUCUGAACCAAGCUAUACAACGAGAACACUUCCUCAUUCCAUCAUGUGAUGAUAUUGCUGUUAAACUGACAAACAAAAAAUUUUUUACUGUCCUAGACAUGAAGGAUGGGUACUGGCAAGUUGAGUUGGAUAGCCCAAGUGCAGAUCUUAUGACUUUUGGUACACCAUUUGGUCGUUUUAGAUUUAAGAGACUAGCGUUCGGUAUAUGUUCAGCCCCUGAGGUUUUUCAAAAGAAAAAUUUUGAAAUAUUUGGAGAUAUACCUGGAGUAGGACUGUAUUUUGACGAUUUGAUUGUUACAGGUGCCACCGAGGCUGAACAUGACCAGAACCUGAGAUGUGUAUUAGAAAAGGCUACUAAACAUAACCUUAAAUUUAACAAAGAAAAAAUUCAGUUCAAAAAAGAAAGUGUUAAGUUUAUGGGCCAAAUCUUUUCACAUAAAGGUGUUGAAACUAAUAAAAAAUAUGUAGAAGCCAUUUUAAAAAUGCCUGUGCCUGAGUGUAAGGCAGAUGUUUUAAGAUUUUUAGGCAUGGUCAAAUACAUAGGCAAGUUUAUACCAAAUCUUUCUAAAAUAACUGCACCCUUAAGAAAUUUAACAAGAAAUGAUAUUGAGUUUGAGUGGACUGAAGAAUGCAAAAAUUCUUUUAAUAAUUUACUACAUUUAUUAACCAAUUCCCCUGUUUUGACAUAUUUUAACUCAAAAAUCCCCAUUGAAAUAGAGACAGACGCCUCUAAAGAUGGGUUGAGUGCUUGUCUUUUACAAGAAGGCAAACCAGUAGCCUUUGCAUCGCGCAGUUUAACCAAAACUGAGCAAACAUAUGCUCAGAUAGAAAAAGAAGCAUUGGCUAUUGUAUUUGCUAUAAAAAAGUUUCAUUACUUUAUUUAUGGCAUGCCUACUAAAAUUUACAGCGACCACAAACCUUUGGAAUCAAUUUUCAAAAAAGAAUUACAACCUAAAGUUAAACUUUUACAUGAAGGCCACCUAGGAAUUGAAAAGACAAAAUCGCACGCCAGAAAAGCAUUUUAUUGGCCUGGUAUUACAGUAGAUAUUGAAUCGUAUGUGAAAAACUGUAAAAUUUGUGAAAAAUUUUCUAGAAAAAAUCCUAAGCAAACACUUUUACAAUACCCAAUACUUGAAAGGCCAUGGGAACGUGUUGGUUCGGAUAUUUUCACAUAUGCUGAUCAAAGUUAUUGUGUUUUGUUCGAUGCUUAUUCAAACUGGCUUGAGAUUUUGCCUAUAAGAAAUAAAAGUGCUGAGGCUAUUAUUGCUCAAAUGAAACCUGUUUUUGCCAGGUUUGCAGCCCCUGAUAUUCUUGUCACUGAUAAUGUACCUUAUAAUAGUGUAAAAUUCUUAGAAUUUGCUAAGAAUUGGAACUUUACUCUUGUCACUCGAAGCCCAGAAUAUCCACAAUCAAAUGGAUUGGCUGAAAAAGCUCCUAUGUUGUGUGUAAAUGUAAAAGAAAAAAUACUUGCUAAACGUAAAAUUAAUGAACAACACUAUAAUAAAAAUGCUAAAAGUCUAAAACCACUUAACAAGGGCUGCAAUGUUACUGUAUUAAAUAACAGAAAUAAUGUUUGGGAACCGGCAAAGAUUGAAAAGUUACAUGAUAGUCCUAGAUCAUAUGUAUUACAAGACUGUAGAGGCAACACUAUCAGAAGAAACCGCAUUGAUAUUAAACCAUCAGAAAACCCUUUUAAGUUAACUGAUAAUUCAUUUGAGUCUGAAACUGAUAAUUCUAAUUCUACUGACAGUGAUGUUACCCCUUUAACUUAUACCUAA